AUGGACAACAUCGACGAGGAAUAUGACCGGCUCGUUGAACACCUUCACGACUGCGCGAAGAAGGCUGAAAGUUUUAAAGCCACCAAGAGACGCCUGCCUCUUAAAACUCUUGAGCUGAUACGCCAGCGUGGAGCAGCACGAGCCGCAGAGAACCAAGAACUCACGUCCGUGCUCGCAAGGCUUUGCAGAGAUGCGAUAAAGGAAGACCUUAAAGAGAGAAGAGCAGAAGUGCUGGUGGAUGCUGCAGAGGCGGGAAAAAGCAUCCGCUAUGCCUGUCGAGACAUCGCCAGUCGCAAGACAAAGAUGACUAUUCUCCGGAACCCGAAGGGAAUAACCAUUGCACCGAGAAGGGGAAUGGAGAAAAUCAUCUGCAGUUUCUACUCUGAUUUCUUCGACAGCCAUGUCCACAUGUUUCUCACCAUCUGA